CGAAGUUCUUGAUGGGUCGGGUUGGAUGGGCGCCUGAAAAGAGGUUAGAUAACUCUUUUAGUGUAGAAAAAAACAAACCAAUUUUUUUUUAUUUUCACCAUUAUUUAUUUCUCAAUACGAUCCUAUACUAAUCACAAGUGCCAUAUCCUUGCAUAUAAGCGUACAAUAAGCCGUAAAAAUGUGGAAGUUCGUAACAUAUAGUAUCCGCGAAUCCUUGGAGCGUCGAGUUUGUCGCACUAAUGUUUAUUCUCAAAGCUCUCUGGAUAGGACGGGAAAUAGUUGUGAACAAAAUCUAUCAAAUGUAAAUGAACGCAAAUAUAUAGCACCUAGUCUUUCGUCUUUUUAUCACGGUUACUGCAGCAAUGCUAAGCAUUUGGGCACCAAGGAAAAAGAGGGCCAUAACAAGUAUGAUGCAAAAUACACCUGGACUGAUGCUGUUGGUUGGUCUAGUAUACUAGCUGUUGGUUACGUUGUAUGCCAGUCUCUCUGUAUUCGUCGAAAACUAUUUGAAAUAGAUAACUCACAUUUGGAUAAAUGGCGUACCAGGUUAAUAACAAAUCCAAAAAAUCAAGCAACUCAAAUCCUUAGCCACUUAUUAUUACCUCAACCAAAAUACAUUUUAUCAGGAAACAAAAAAAAUAAUGAAACAGAAGACACAGCUAAAGUAUUGAUUGACAAUGCACCGAAUGUUGAGAAUGCUUAUGGUCCAUUGACUGCUAAAGAAACUUUAGAAGAAGCAGCAAAAGAAUUUUCGUCCAUACAUAAUUCUAUUAUAGGUAAUCUGGAAUUGAAUUUUGGAUCUAAAGCAAUAGAAGAAGAGAGAUACAAUGAUGCAUUUGAACACUUCAACAAUGGUGCUCAAUUUUCAUCUGCUGGAAGUAUGUUCAAUUUAGCCUUAUGCUAUGAAUUAGGAUUAGGUACUUCAAAAGAUUAUUCAAAGGCUGUACAAUAUUACAAUCAAGCUGCUGACAGAGGUCAUCCAGAUGCUAUGUACAAUUUAGGUGUUUUUCAUGCUCAAGGAAAAGGUGGUUUAAAAAUCAAUCUAGAUAUUGCUCAUCAAUUGUUUACUGCAGCUGCCCAAAAAGGGCAUAGCCAAGCUAUAAAAGCAUUGCAGUUAGAAAAGUCUUUUAAGAAGCGUUCCAAUUUAGAGCACAAUACAAAGUACAGUAUUCAAGCAAAAAUCAUGAACAGUAGUUUAGGUACAGAUAGACCAGUUACAAAAUUGACGAAUUAUAAUUCUUCCAUGAAAAGUACUUAUAAUCAGAAAUAUCAAUUUGAUCAAUAUUUAGACAGCUACAAUGAACAUUUGGAACCAAAAUCUUCUACAGAUACAUUCUUAGAAAUGCUUGGUAUUCAUGAACGAAAUGCCAUACCUCUUAUUUCUGUUGGAGAAAAUGGAUCUUAAUAUGAUAUUUUAACUA